AUGGCUUCUCUUCCUUCUUCCUCUCCUUCUUCUUCAGCAGUUUGGAAAACAGACGUUUUCGUGAGUUUUAGAGGAGAAGAUGUGCGUAAAACAUUUGUGAGUCAUCUCCUCUGCGAGCUUGAUCGGAUGGGGAUCAACGCUUUUAGAGACGAUUUGGAUCUACAGAGAGGUAAAUCCAUCUCCCCAGAGCUUGUAGAUGCUAUCAAAGGCUCCAGAUUCGCCAUCGUCGUGAUCUCUAGGAACUACGCAGCUUCAAGUUGGUGCUUAGACGAGGUCUUGAAGAUCAUGGAAUGUGAAGAAACGGUUAAUCAGACAGUUUUACCCAUUUUCUAUGAGGUUGAUCCUUCGGAUGUGAGAAGACAGAAGGGAGGUUUUGGUGAAGAUGUUGAGAGUCACAGUGAUAAAGAGAAAGUGAGGAAAUGGAAAGAAGCUUUGACGAGAUUGGCUUCUAUUUCUGGUGAAGAUUCUCGGAAUUGGAGGGAUGAGUCGAAGAUGAUUAAGAAGAUUGUUAAAGACAUUUCUGAUAAGUUGGUUUCAACUUUAUAUGAUGACUCAGAAGAGUUGAUUGGAAUGAGUUCCCAUAUGGACUUUCUGCAGUCUAUGAUGUCUAUGGAGGACGAAGAAGAUGUUCGGAUGGUGGGGAUUUGGGGAAUGGGUGGAGUUGGGAAAACCACGAUUGCUAAAUCUUAUACAAUCAACUCUCAUGUCGAUUUCAAGCUCAUUGCUUCAUGGAGAAUAAUGUUUCAAGAAAGGGAUAAAGAAGCGUGGAGUUCGGUUUCUUGUUGCAGCAUGAUAAAAGAAAGGUUAAGGCACAAAAGGGUGUUGAUUGUGCUCGACGAUGUAGAUAGAUCUGAGCAACUGGAUGAACUGGUGAAAGAGAUUGAUUGGUUUGGUCCGGGAAGCAGAAUCAUCGUGACAACACGGGAUAGACAUUUGCUAGUUUCUCAUGGCAUAAAUUUGGAGUUAUCGGUUCAAGCUAUUAACUAUGCUUCUGGUCUUCCACUGGCUCUAAGAGUUUUAGGCUCCUUCCUUUAUCGAAGAAGCCGUAGAGAAUGGCAAAGCACUCUUUCUAGGCUUAAAACUUACCCUCAAAGUGAUAUCAUGGAAGUUCUGAGAGUUAGCUUCGAUGGAUUGGAUGAGCAAGAGAAGGCUAUUUUUCUCUAUAUAUCAUGUUUCUAUAACAUGAAGCAUGUUGAUUAUGUCACAAAACUUCUUGAUAUUUGUGGCUAUGCUGCUGAAAUCGGUAUCAAGAUUCUUACAGAGAAGUCUUUGAUAGUUGUAUCAAAUGGAUGCAUAAAGAUGCAUGAUUUGCUUGAACAGAUGGGUAGAGAGCUUGUUCGUCAACAAGCAGCUAACAACCCAGCCCAACGGUUACUUUUAUGGAAUCCUGAAGACAUCUGUGAGUUGCUGUCAGAAAUUUCUGCUGGAACACAACUUGUUGAAGGAAUCUCUCUGAACGUCUCUGAAAUUCCUGAGGUAUUUGCUAGUGAUCGAGCUUUCGAGGGAUUGUCUAAUCUCAAGCUACUCAACUUCUAUGAUCUUUCAUUUGAUGGAGAGACUAGAGUGCAUCUACCUAAUGGCCUGAGUUAUCUCCCACGCAAGCUUCGUUAUCUACGUUGGGAUGGAUACCCUUUAAAGACUAUGCCUUCAAGAUUUUGUCCUGAAUUUCUUGUUGAACUUUGUAUGAGUAAUAGCAAGCUUGAAAAACUUUGGGAUGGGAUCCAGCCUCUUAGGAACUUGAAGAAGAUGGAUCUUUCUCGCAGUAAAUACCUUGUCGAGAUUCCAGAUCUCUCAAAAGCCCCAAAUCUGGAGGAAGUAAACCUUUCAUGUUGCCAAAACUUGGUUGAGGUUACUCCAUCUAUCAAGAAUCUUAAGAGACUUUCUUGUAUCUACUUGACUAAUUGCAUCCAACUCCAGAACAUUCCGGUUGGAAUUACUUUGAAGUCGCUUGAAACAGUGGGAAUGAGUGGAUGCUCAAGUCUAAUGCAAUUUCCAGAACUUUCUUGGAAUACUAGAAGACUCUAUCUGAGCAGUACAAAGAUAGAAGAACUACCAUCAUCAAUCAGCCAUCUCUCUUAUCUCGUUGAACUAGAUAUGUCAGAUUGCCAGAGACUCAGGGUUCUUCCAAGCUCUGUAAGGAACUUGGUCUCACUUAAAUCCAUGAAUUUGGAUGGUUGCAAACAUCUUGAGAACCUCCCAGACACAUUACAGAGUCUAACAUCUCUUGAAACUCUUGAAGUGUCUGGUUGCCUUAAUGUCAACGAGUUCCCUCGCGUUGCCACGAAUAUAGAAGUUCUGCUUUUAGCGAUUGGGAAUAGUUUCUAUACUCCAGAAGGUUUGUUGCAUUCUCUUUGUCCACCCUUAUCAAGGUUUGAUGACUUGAGAGUUCUGAGCCUAAGCAACAUGAACAUGAUUGAGAUCCCUAACAGUAUUGGUAACUUGUGGAGUCUACUAGAGCUAGAUUUGAGUGGGAACAAUUUUGAAUUCAUCCCUGCAAGCAUCAAACGGCUCACCAAGUUGAACAGACUGAAUUUAAACAAUUGCCAGAGACUUCAAGCAUUGCCCGAUGAGCUUCCACGAGGUCUCUUGUAUAUCUACAUCCAUAGCUGCACAUCCCUAGUGAGUAUCUCAGGAAGCUUCAACCAAUAUUGUCUGCGCAAGCUUGUAGCCAGCAACUGUUACAAAUUGGAUCAAGCAGCACGGAUUCUCAUUCAUCGUAACAUGAGGCUAGAGUCAGCAAAACCAGAACACUCUUACUUUCCUGGUAGUGAUGUACCAACUUGCUUCAAUCACCAAGUCAUGGGUUCGUCGCUGAAUAUACACUUACCUCAGAGUAAAUCGUCUGACAUUUUGGGAUUUUCUGCCUGCAUCAUGAUUGGAGUUGAUGGAAAGUACCCGAUGAACAAUCUGAAGAUACACUGCUCUUGUAUUUUAAAAGAUGCUGAUGCUUGUGAGCUGAUAGUUAUGGAUGAGGUGUGGUAUCCUGAUCCAAAAGCUUUCACAAACAUGUAUUUUGGAUCAGAUCACCUUCUCUUAUUCAGCAGAACAUGCAUGUCCAUGGGAGCUUACAACGAAGCCCUGUUCGAAUUCUCAAUCGAAAACACAGAAGAAGAUUCUUUUAGCCCGGUUGGAGUGAUUAAAAAAUGUGCGGUGCACCUCAUAUCAUUUAAAGACAUGAUGCAAGAGUUCUCUACUGACUCUGAGAAAAUUCAGAGUUCUGAUUUGGAUAUUUCGAAGGCAACUGAUGACGCAAGAGUUUUGAAAAGAAGAGCAUAUGAAGCUGAGUUCUUGCAUAAGGAGCAACCAAAUCCCAAGAGGGUCAAGUUUCGUCCAAUUCCUUUGGCUCGAAAGGGACAUUCCAAGUUAUAUCAACCAAAUGGUAUCUGA